AUGACAAUUUCAAAGGAAGACAACCUAAAAUUGAUCAGAUUCCUUUUGGAACGACUGAGAGAUCAAAAUGGCCGUACAAAAAUGAAACACAUUUACCGCGAAUACGCAAUUCUCGAUGGCCAAGCGUUUGAAGCACAACGUUAUUACGAGCAAUUUGGAAGAAUUGUAAACAACGAAGGAAUCGUAUCGAGUGACUGCUGAAGGAUUGACUAAAAGCAAUAAUCUCGAACAAGUGAGAGAUUCAUUCAAAGCUGAAGAAAUCGAAGCUGAUUUCCCGAAUCUGGAAGAAUUGAAUAAUACCGAUGAAGCCAGAGAACAUGCCUUGAUUGUCAGCAAACUCCAUAUUGAAACACUGAAAUACCUUUAUCAAUUGCUCUUCCUGGAAACCAAUCGCGUGAUAAUGAAUCCGAUCGCUUUGGAAUCAUUUAACAAAAGACAGUCUAUUAACAUUGAUUAUGUAUACAGCAAAAUGACUGAACUCUAUAACAGAAUGCUAGUCACUCAAGGAAUUGAACGAGUCUUCAAAUGGAAUUCUCAACGACAACCGUUGGUGUUAACUGCAGAAAUCUCAAUGUGCAAUAUUAACUUAAACGAUUUCCAAGAUCUGGUAGAGGAACUUAUCACUACUUUGGUUUACUCGAUCAAAAGAUCAUUUUUGAUCAAGUAUAGAUCUGUUGAAAUUGAUUUUACACCGCCAUUCAAAAGGCUGUGCAGACAGGAGGAGAUGAAGAAGCCAAAAAUAUCUGCAAUCCAUUGUUCUUCGUAAAAAAUCACCUUUCUGGACAGAAUCCUGAUUUGGAGCUGAUAUGUGGGACACACAAAGUUGUGAAAGCUACAAUGAUGUCGAAUGAUCCAAAAACUUACUUCCAAGGAGACAAACAAACUAUCAUUGAUAUGCAUGCGGUCAACACGAUUUUUUCAGCCACGGAUCAAAUGAGAAUUGGAACUUGCUGUGUCCAUAUUGAGAAGCUUUUCCAAAUUUUAAUGGAUCUAGACGAUAAUACUUGAGA